AUGUCUCUGACGCUGUCCUUCGCCCGGGUCCUUGCUCGAAGUCACGUACCUUCAGCAUUGCGACCGCACCGUCGAUUAUGUCUGCGACGACUGUCAACAUCUCCACUGGAUCCUGCUGUACAGCGGUUCGCCACCGAACUGGCUAAGCACCAGCCAUGCUACGGGAUUUCUGCCUCCUAUGUCAAGAUUUUGACCGAGCCUUGUCAGUUCUACCAAAGCCUUCUGAAUCUCAUUCGCAACGCGCGACGGAGAAUCUUCAUAUCUUCUCUGUACAUCGGGUCGGAGGACGUGGAACUGAUCAAAGCACUGGAAGCAUCACUUGAAGCUAAUCCCGCCCUCCAAGUGCACAUACACCUCGACUACAACCGGUGCACACGACCCGAGCCUCUGUCCACCGCGCACUUGCUUGCGCCUCUCGUGCGGCGGUAUCCAGACCGCGUACAUGCCUGGUUCUUCCGGAGUCCAAAGCUGAAAGGGCUAAUGGCGCGUGUGAUGCCUCCUCGCUUCAACGAGGGCUGGGGCGGCACUUGGCAUCCAAAGAUAUACGGUGCCGACGACGACCUGGUGAUAUCUGGCGCGAACCUCAACACGUCGUACUUCACCAACCGUCAAGACCGAUACGUUCAACUGACUGGCCAGCCCGAGUUGGCUGACUACUGCUUCUCGUUCCUAGAGCAGGCCGCUAGCUUCUCGUAUUCUCUGCUACCGUCCUCCACAGAACAAGAUGCUUAUGUGUUGUCUUGGCCUCACAAGGAUUCACAUCCCCAUCAUUUCGAGCCGAAGGCGGAAAGAAUCCUUACAGCAUUCCAAGAAGCCCAGAAGACCCGCGCCUCUCACAAGCUGGCCUCCCUACUCUCCGGGCCUUCUAGUGCUCAGGGUGACACGGACGUGAUAGUGGUGCCCAUCAUACAAGCUGGGCAAUUCAAUGUUCGCGAAGAGGAACGAUGCCUGGCCAUGCUGUUCCAGCAUCUCUCGGAGCCGUCAUCGCCCACAUCGCAUUAUGACGGACCCUUAGUGGAUCUGACGAGCGGUUACUUUGGCCUCUACAAACCGUAUCAGAGCCACGUCAUCAAUUCGCCUGUGGCAUGUCGCGUCUUAGCGGCCAGUCCAAAGGCGAACGGGUUCUACGGCUCCCGUGGUGUGUCUGGCAGGAUCCCAGAAGGCUACACAGUCCUUGAACGAAGAUUUAUGAAGGCCGUCCGCGCGGCUAGACGCGAAUGGCCUCCUGAGCAGCCCCUCGAGGACCGGAUUGAGUCGGGCGUGCAGCUCAGCGAAUGGGAAAGAGAAGGUUGGACGUACCACGCCAAAGGCAUAUGGCUCCGACCAACGCCUUCAGCGCACCCGUGCCUCACACUCUUCGGCUCGACGAAUCUCAACUCGCGCUCUGCCAACAUCGACACAGAGCUUUCCUUCAUGCUUGUGACUACUUCGCCAGGCCUACGCGCGCGUCUCGCGGAAGAAGUUGAUGGGCUCCGGUCGCAUGCGUAUCCCUGGCGGGGUGCGGAGAGGAGGGUGCGGCCGUUCUCUUGGCUGCUCGCGAGCGCGUUGUCGACUCGUCUAUGA